CCCAUGUCUUCAAUGGAUUCUCUCCUGAUUCCCAUCAAGCUCGUAUGCCUCUUCGUCGCGCCUGCCUCUUACUAUGUUGCACAUACUCCACCGAAUCCGCCAUCACCUCCUAAAGACAGAGUUGCUACCGGCCAAUUUUUCGAUAAAUUUGUGCGGCACAUUGCUUGGUCUUCCAAGAUCAUAGUCAGCCUCGUAUUCGCGAGCGAGUUCCUCGUCACCUUCAAGACUGCUUAUCCCCAAAUCUUAUCCACCUCACCCGUGGCACCUUACACAUCGCUCUGCCCCCACACCUCCAAUGCGACUGAAACCGUCUCUCUCAAUCCGUCAUUCUGCAUCGCCGCCCUCGUAACAUUCGCCUCCGCCCUUGUACGCGUCUGGUGCUUCAAGACAUUGAAGCGGUUCUUCCUCUACGAAGUCGCCGUCCUUGGCUCACACAGCCUCGUUACUUCCGGCCCAUACUCCAUCGUCCGACACCCCGCAUACACAUCCGCGAUAGCGAGCAUAGUGGGGAUCAUGGUCAUGCUGAUGCAGUUAUCGUAUGGGGGUUGGGAUCGGGAGUGUGGUGUCGUGUCGAAUGUGGUCAGGGUUGGCGUUUGGUGGCAGUAUAUCGUCGGCACGCUUGCGAUUAUACCGCUGUUCAGGCGGUGUAGGUUCGAGGACGAGAUGUUGAGGGGGAGGUUUACGGAGGAGUGGGAUCGGUGGUCGAAGAAUGUGCCGUAUAGGCUUUGGCCCGGGUUGUAUUGAAGAAUGUUGUUCGUACAAUACUAUGAAAGUGUAUUAUGUACCAUGUACCUCCUAAUUUUGCCAUUCUAUGUGUAUCUAAGUUUUGUACGACUGAGGAGUGAUUGAA